AGCUGCUGAGAGAGCUGUGUACUCAGUGUGGUAUACAGGGCUAGUGUAGUGCUGGGUGUGGAGCUGUCAGUGUGCUGUGAACUCAGUGUUGUUUUACUAGUGAGGAUGUUGCUGACUUUUUAUCUUCUCUUCAUUGGGCUUCAUGUCUCUGAAGGCUGCACUCUGAAAGACAGUCAGAAAACAUUGAUUAGCGAAGCACAUAAAGGAGAGUCAGUACUGCUGCCCUGCUCCUGCACUGACCUACACACUAAACCUGAGGGAUUAAAGUGGAUGAAAUAUUACACCAAAAGCAGCACGUGGGAAGAGAUAUCCAGUGAGAGUGGUCAGUUCAGAAACAGAGUUCAGCUGGUUAAUGGUCACUCUCCAGGAAAUCUCUCUCUACUCAUAUCACACCUGACUGAAGAAGAUAGAGGAGAUUACCAGUGUAAUGCAGACAAGAGUGGAUACUUAUAUGUCAGCCUCUACGUUAAAGUCUGCUCUCUGGAAAACAGUGGAGUACCACUGAGUAUCUCAGCUCAUACAGGAGGGUCAGUACUGCUGCCCUGCUACUGCACUGACCAACACACCAAACCUGAGAGAUUCACCUGGAAUAAACUCAACAUAACCAGUACCACAUGGGAAGUGAUAUCCACUGAGAGUGGUCAGUACAGAAACAGAGUUCAGCUGGUUAAUGGUCACUCUCCAGGAAAUCUCUCUCUACUCAUAUCACACCUGAUUGAAGAGGAUGAUGGAUGGUAUAAGUGUGAUCUUGGAGGAAGCGAACAGAUAGUCUUCAAUCUCACUGUUACAGUCUGCUCUCUGGAAAACUGUGGAAUAUCACUGAGCAUCUCAGCUCAUACAGGAGGGUCAGUACUGCUGCCCUGCUACUGCAUUGACCAACAGACCAAACCUGACACAUUCACCUGGAAGAAACUCAACAUAACCAGUACCACAUGGGACGAGAUAUCCAGUGAGAGUGGUCAGUACAGAAACAGAGUUCAGCUGGUUAAUGGUCACUCUCCAGGAAAUCUCUCUCUACUCAUAUCACACCUGACUGAGGAGGAUGGGGGAUGGUAUAAGUGUGAUCUUGGAGGAAGUGAACACAUAGUCCUCAAACUCACUGUUAUAGUCUCUUCACAGUCUCUGCCCUUCGUCCCCUUCGCCUUGGUGACUGUGAUCUUCCUCCACAUUAUAGUAGCUGUGGUUUAUCACACCAAGAGAAACAAAGAUCCUGCCAGAGUUCACUACAGCACUGCUGAUGGAGAUGGAGUGGUCAGGCUGGAGUAGUGCACAUCCUCUUCGGUAAUAAUUUGAAAGAAUUUCAUCCAUACUGUCCAUACGAAGGCAAACAUAUCACAAUACAAUCCGUUGCUUUUUUUUACUUUUUUA